AUGCUAUUCCCAUCUCUGUCCGAAGAACUUUGUGGUGAGCUCGCAAGGGAUCUUUUUGGGAAUCCCAAUGCCAAUAAGAAUAAAACAAAUGCUGCCCUGGACAAGGAAAUCUGCGAGUCUCUGAUUGGUACUCCAUACAGAGUGGCUGCUGAGCUGUGGAACAUGAUCAAUCCACUGGAAAACGAUCAGAUUCCACAAGAGGCUCAUCCAAACCACCUCUUAUGGACGCUUUGCUUUCUGAAGAACUACUGUUCUGAACCGGUAAUGGUUCGGCUAGUUGGUUUUGUGGACCCAAAAACAUUCCGAAAAUGGGUUUGGAUCUUCAUUCCAGCAAUCGCUGCACAAAGAGUUGAUGUUAUUAAAUGGAUACGGCGAUUUGAAGAAUGGGAUCACCAGACAGUUUGUGUCAUAACUGUUGACGGAGUGGACUGUGCCAUCCAAGAACCAUGGCCCUUCGAUGAAGCAAUCUUCUCCAAGAAGUUAAAUGGACCAGGCUACAAAUACGAAAUCGGUAUUUGCAUUGCAACCGGUGUAAUAGUUUGGGUGAACGGCCCUUUCAAGGCAGGCAAAAAUGACAAGACAAUAUUUGAAGAAGAUGGUCUCAUGAACGCUUUGUGUGACAAUGAAUGUGUCGAGGUUGACAUGGGAUACCAAGGCCUUGAUGAGUUGAAGAACCCCAAGAUGUACCAAACUCAGAAGGCAGGUAAGCAAAAAAGUAAGGCAAGGGCCCGGCACGAAAAUGUGAAUGGAGAGCUGAAGAAAUUUGCAGUUCUUGAUCAAGUCUUUCGCCAUGAUCCUUUGACAAAGCACAAAUGCUGCUUCGAAGCUGUUGCUGUCAUCUGUCAAAUGCGACAUGACCAAGGAGGUCGUCGAAAUACUGUAGAAUAUGGUGCUACAUACUACUAG